CAGACCUCCGCGCUCUUUGUUCCAGCUCCUACCUUGUAUUGACAGCCAUUGGGUGAAGUGGAAAUUGAGCAAGUGAAAGCUAUGUUGGAAACAAUAGAUACUCACAGGGCCCUCCAGGCAGUAGAGCGCCUACAAGCGAAACUACGGGAACGAGGUGAUACAGCAAAUGAAGAAAAAUUGAGUUUACUGAAAUCAGUGCUGCAAAGUCCUUUGUUCAAUCAAAUCCUGAACCUUCAGGCUUCACUUCCACAGCCAAGAGAUCAGGGAAAUGCUGCACCUUCAGUGCCCUCAACUGGUGACCUCCUGCAGCUGCCCCAUCAUAGUGCUAUCAUAGGUUCUUCACUCCAUAAUGAAUCCUAUCUUUUGGCUCAACAAAAUGGCAACCUUUCUGGUGGGCCAGGAGUAGCUGUACAGUCUAUUACCCCUCAGAUUAAUGGAAAGUCCUCCAGUGAUGAAUUUGAAUUAUUGAUCAGAAGUAUGGCACAGGGACGCCUUGUUGAGACCAUAGAGCUUGUGAAGCCUCCAAGUGGCGGCCUUGGUUUUAGUGUCGUUGGUCUGAAGAGUGAAUACAGAGGUGAACUGGGCAUAUUUGUGCAGGAGAUUCAAGAUGGGAGUGUGGCACACAGAGAUGGAAGGCUGCAGGAAGCAGAUCAAAUUCUUGCUAUAAACAGGCAAGCCCUCGAUCAAACAAUUACACAUCAACAGGCUAUCGGCAUCCUACAGAAAGCAAAAGAUAGUGUCCAGCUGGUUGUGGCUAGGGGCUCUUUGCCUCAGCUCAUCAGCCCUGUUGUUUCUCGGUCUCCAUCGGCUGCUAGCACAAUCUCAGCUCACUCCAAUCCAGUUCACUGGCAGCAUGUAGAGACCAUUGAGUUGGUGAAUGAUGGAUCAGGUCUAGGAUUUGGGAUAGUGGGUGGAAAAUCAACUGGAGUGAUAGUUAAGACCAUCCUUCCAGGAGGAAUAGCUGAUCAGCAUGGGCGACUGUGCAGUGGAGACCACAUCUUGAAAAUCGGUGAUACAGACCUGGCUGGAAUGAGCAGUGAGCAAGUGGCACAAGUCCUGAGGCAGUGUGGAAACAGAGUGAAGUUGGUCAUAGCUAGAGGGCCAAUAGAGGAGCCAGCACCACCAGCAGUCCCUCCAGGCACCCCAGUACAAACUGUCGUGCCAGAUAAGCAGAGACAAGAAGAGACGCAAGUUGGAAAUGACACUGAUGGAACCACAUUUGAUGUAGAACUUACAAAAAAUAUCCAAGGAUUAGGGAUAACUAUUGCUGGCUAUAUUGGAGACAAAACCUCUGAACCUUCUGGCAUUUUUGUAAAGAGUAUCACAAAAGGCAGUGCAGUUGAACAUGAUGGUAGAAUCUAUGUUGGAGAUCAAAUUAUAGCGGUGGAUGGAACAAAUCUUCAGGGUUUUACUAACCAGCAAGCUGUGGAAGUUUUGCGGCACACUGGCCAAACAGUCCAACUUACAUUGAUUAGAAGAGGCCUUAAGCAGGAAAAUCACAUUCGGCCCCAUGAGGACUUCAGUGCCGCUGUUGAAAAGGAUUUAAAUUUCCAAACUAUGGAUAUUGGCACAGGGAAAGAAAGCUAUGACGUGGAACAAGAACCUUCAUUAACGGCAUGCAGUACUAGCGUGGUUCACACUGGAGAAGAUGUUAAUCCACAGCAAUCAGGUUUUCAACUAUUGUCCGCAGAAAAAGAAGAAGAGGAAGAAGAAGAGGCAUUGCAGAAUAAGUGGAAGAGGAUUGUAGGGACGAAUUAUGAGAUUGUGGUAGCUCAUGUGAACAAGUUUAGUGAAAGCAGCGGACUGGGGAUAAGCUUAGAAGCAACAGUGGGACAUCAUUUUAUCCGAUCUGUUUUGCCGGAAGGACCAGUUGGGCGAUGCGGCAAGCUGUUUAGCGGAGAUGAAUUACUAGAAGUAAAUGGAGUAUCUUUGCUUGGAGAAAAUCACAAGGAUGUUGUAAAUAUUUUAAAAGAAUUGCCCAUCAAGGUAACAAUGGUGUGUUGCCGUGCAGCUGCUCCACCUAUCAGUCAGACAAUACUGGAUGAGUCUCAGAUGAUAGAGAAGUCUCAUAUAGAUCUUGGAGGACUACUUGGUUCUUCAGAGACAGAUGAUGCUGAUUUGGAAAUGGCUACUAUAGGCCAGAACAUUGAUGAUGUUCAGGGAUCUUCUUUGGCAAUGUGGGAAACAGAAAUACAGCAAAUCGAGCUAGAAAAAGGGAGCAUGGGGCUUGGGUUUAGCAUAUUGGAUUACCAGGACCCAGUGGACCCUGCCAACACGGUGAUUGUGAUCCGCUCCCUUGUUCCUGGGGGUGUUGCUGAGCAGGAUGGCAGGCUCCUUCCAGGAGAUAGGCUCAUGUUUGUCAAUGACGUCAACUUGGAAAAUGGCAGCCUGGAGGAAUCUGUGCAAGCACUGAAAGGAGCACCCAUGGGAACAGUUAGAAUAGGAGUUGCUAAGCCAUUGCCUCUUUCACCAGAAGAGGGCUAUGUUUCUGCUAAGGAAGAUUCCUUUUUCUACACUGCCCGGUCCUUUGAGGAGGAAGGGCCAGCCGAUUCAGCCCUCUUCCAUGCUGAGCUGGCUCUGGUAGACUCAAGCGAAGCAGAUCUAGCAGAGGAAUCCACUUUUGAAUCACAGUAUUCCCUGGACAAUGAUGGCACCUUCCAGUCUUCCUCAGUUUCAACUCUGCAUGGCAGCACCUGUGCCAAUGAUCUGAACUAUAACCUGUCACUUGUCUCUUCAACUCCCAAGAGUAUUGGCAUAGACUCUUCAAAUGCUUCAAUCAGUUACCAGCUCUCUGACUCAAACCUGUACAAUGUUGAUCUAAUGCAGAGAGGGAUAGAGAGCAAAUCUGCUGCAGAAGUGUGUGAGGAACAGCCUGCUGGGUUUACAAGAAAAGAUCCAGCAAUAUCCGCACCUAAGAAACUAGUUGAACAUGAAAAUGAAAGUGCUUGCAGAGAGCCUCUGCUAACAGCCGAAAUCAUGCAGAAUGCAAACUUAACUUCCAGGUUGCCACUUGAUUAUACUGGAAAAGAUCAAGUAUUUUUAAUGGAAAAUAGUAGCCUAGCACCUUCUGGGAGGUGUUCCACAACCCUAAGUUCAAAUAAAAACAAAUUUGAAAAGACUAUUACUAUUGCAAAAGGCAAUUCAAGUCUAGGUAUGACUGUAAGUUCCAAUAAAGAUGGCUCUGGAAUGAUAGUCCGCAGCAUUAUCCAUGGUGGUUCUAUAAGUCGUGAUGGACGGAUUGGUGUAGGAGACUGUAUACUGUCUAUUAAUGAGGAAUCUACCACUAAUUUAACUAAUGCACAAGCACGGGCUAUGCUAAGAAGACAUUCUCUCAUUGGACCAGAUAUAAAAAUUACAUACGUGCCAGCAGAGCAAUUAGAAGAGUAUCAGACCAGCUUAGGGCAGCAGCCAGAUGCAACAUUGCAACUAGAUAUUUUUCCUUCUCAUACAGUCAGAGAAAUCCCAGAACUACCAGAACGUGAAGAGGGAGAAGGAGAAGAAAGUGAACUUCAGAAUGCUGGCUACAGUAACUGGAACCAGCCAAGGCGGGUUGAACUCUGGAGAGAACCCAGUAAGUCCCUUGGCAUCAGCAUUGUUGGUGGACGGGGAAUGGGAAGCCGUCUAAGCAGCGGUGAAGUUAUGAGAGGAAUCUUUAUCAAACAUAUUCUUGAAGAUAGCCCUGCUGGCAAAAAUGGAACCUUAAAAACAGGAGAUAGAAUAGUGGAGGUGGACGGGAUUAACCUCAGAGAUGCAAGCCAUGAACAAGCUGUGGAAGCCAUACGGAGAGCAGGCAACCCUGUAGUCUUUCUGGUACAAAGCAUUAUAAACAGACCGAGGGCAUCCGGCCAGUCAGAUUCGGAGCCAGAAAAGACUUCAUCUUGUAACCUGCUGCUGCCUUCUCCUUCAGUACCUCCAGGAAUGAGCGCUGAUGAUGUACAGCAGUCCUGCAGCAAAAACCUGGAAAAUUUAGAAGAUGAGUUUGGAUAUAGCUGGAAAAACAUCACUGAGCGUUAUGGGAACCUGCCGGGAGAUCUGCACAUGAUCGAGUUGGAGAAGGGGAAGACUGGCUUAGGACUCAGCUUGGCUGGGAACAAAGACCGAUUGAAGAUGAGUGUUUUUGUAGUGGGAAUAGAUCCAAAUGGAGCAGCCGGAAAAGAUGGCAGGCUGCAGAUUGCAGAUGAGUUACUGGAAAUAAAUGGACAAGUUCUCUAUGGAAGGACACAUCAGAAUGCAUCUUCAAUAAUCAAAUGUGCAUCUUCUAAAGUAAAAAUCAUAUUUGUCAGAAACAAAGAUGCUGUUAAUCAAAUGGCAGUUUGUCCUGGGAAAUCAGUAGAGACACCUUGUGGAACACCUCAACACAAAGAGGAUGAAGUGAAUAUUCAGGGCUCUGGUUUACCCAUAGAUUUGUCUUUAUAUACAAAUAUUCAGGAUAUAGAACUGCCUAAGGAUCAAGGCAUAGGUAUUGCCAUCAGUGAAGAAGACACAGUAAAUGGUGUGGUUAUCAAAAGUUUAACAGAGCAUGGUGCAGCAGGAAAGGAUGGCCGAAUUAAGAUUGGAGAUCAGAUCCUGGCUGUGGAUGAUGAAGUUGUUGUGGGAUAUCCUAUAGAAAAGUUUAUCAGUUUACUGAAGACACCAAAGGCCACUGUGAAACUUACAAUCAAUUUAGUAGAACAGGAGAGUCAGCCAACUGCUCAGCCACAAACACCAAUUUACCAGACUGAUUCAGGGGAAAGACUUAACCAGCAACCAGCAGGUGUUCCAACUUCUGAUUCACCAGAACCAGAAUCAGUUAAAAACACAAGCAGGUCCUCAACUCCAGCCACGUUGGCCUCUGACCCAGCUACUUGCCCAAUUAUCCCUGGCUGUGAAACUACAAUCGAUAUCUCCAAAGGACGUACAGGUCUUGGCUUGAGCAUUGUGGGAGGAGCUGACACUUUGCUGGGAGCAAUCAUUAUUCAUGAAGUGUAUGAAGAGGGAGCAGCAUCAAAAGAUGGAAGACUUUGGGCUGGUGAUCAGAUCUUAGAGGUAAAUGGAAUUGACCUGAGGAGUGCAACACAUGAUGAAGCCAUAAAUGUUCUCAGACAGACACCUCAGAAAGUCCGACUAACUGUUUAUAGGGACGAAGCUCAAUAUAAAGAAGAAGAUAUGUAUGAUGUGCUUAGUAUAGAACUACAAAAGAAGCCUGGCAAAGGUCUUGGUUUAAGCAUAGUUGGGAGAAGAAAUGACACUGGUGUCUUUGUGUCAGACAUUGUCAAGGGAGGAAUAGCAGACUUGGAUGGGAGAUUGAUGCAAGGAGACCAGAUAUUGAUGGUGAAUGGAGAAGAUGUUCGAAAUGCUAAUCAGGAAGCUGUGGCUGCUUUGUUAAAGUGCUCAUUAGGUACAGUCAGACUAGAAGUUGGAAGAAUAAAAGCAGGUCCGUUCCAUUCGGAGAGGAGAACGUCUCAGAGCAGCCAGGUCAGUGAGGGAAGUUGCAGCUUGUCCUCAUUCAGUUUCCCAGCUUCUGGAUCCAACCCAUGUGAAAGUUAUGAAAGCAGUCUGAAGAAGAAUUCACUGGCAUCUGAAAUACAAGGAUUAAGGACAGUUGAAAUAAAAAAGGGCCCUUCAGAUUCCCUGGGAGUCAGCAUUGCUGGAGGAGUAGGAAGUCCUCUUGGAGAUGUGCCUAUCUUUAUAGCAAUGAUGCACCCAAAUGGAGUUGCAGCCCAGACUCAGAAACUGAGGGUUGGGGACAGGAUUGUUAGCAUUUCUGGAACAUCCACAGAAGGCAUGACUCAUUCCCAAGCUGUUAGCUUGCUAAAAAACGCUUUGGGCACUAUUGAAAUACAGGUGGUAGCUGGCGGAGAUGUCAGUGUCAUAACCAGCCAGCAGCAAGAUCCACCACCUUCUAGUCUUUCAUUUGCUGGACUGACAUCAGGUAGCAUCUUUCAGGAUGAUUUAGGGCCUCCACAGUAUAAAACCAUCACUCUGGAUCGAGGACCUGACGGUUUAGGCUUUAGUAUUGUGGGAGGUUAUGGAAGCCCUCAUGGAGAUCUACCUAUUUAUGUUAAAACGGUAUUUGCCAAGGGUGCAGCGGCAGAAGAUGGACGUCUGAAGAGAGGGGAUCAGAUCAUCGCUGUCAACAGUCAGAGCUUAGAAGGGGUCACCCAUGAAGAAGCUGUGGCUAUUCUAAAAAGGACAAAAGGAACUGUCACGCUGACUGUUCUCUCCUGAAUUCUCUCUCCAAGGAUUUAGGGUCAGCACAAUUACUCUAUCCACAUUCCAUGUAGCAAAGAGAAUGGAAAUGUUUUAUGUAGUGUCUCUUGAUAUUUGCAGUUGUCGAGCUGUUUUACAUCAUGAAUGAAGAAUAACAAAUGAUCUUAUUUUUAUACACAGUAGAAAUAUUCUUACCAUCAAAUUGUACUGAUAGGCUUCUCUGGUGUAGAACCAUGACAGAGGCAUUUGAGCAGCAGUAAUAAGAUUGCUGUAGGGGGAAAAAAUGUAACAAAAGAAGGAAAAAUGUUCAAAGGAAUUUUGAGUAAUGUAGAAGCAUAUGAAAAGAUUUUAGUUUUGAAAUUUUGCAUUUAAGCUAACAUUUUUCAGUCUUCGUAUAUGGCCAUUUUUAAAGUAUCAGACAUCCACAGUGUUGACUUACAAUAACAGACGAUUAUUUUUUUUUAAGUCUAAAUUUUGCUACUGCUGUUAAGAGUCAUGCACCAAAUAUUGAAACUGAAAAGAAAAGCUACUUUGUGUGAUUAUUACUGCUCGAUAAAAAUGUUUAGUAUGCUGAAAAGGACUUCUAGAAACAUCCUUGGAAAAAGAAGAUACAGUAAGAUCAAGAACAUCAGAAAUCAGGUGAUUAAUAGAUUCUUCAUAUACUAGCAUGGUCCUCACCAUCUGCAUUUGUUUUUGAGAAACUGGAGGGCCGGGGGGGGGGGGGGGUUAGUGAUACUCAUCUUCAUAAAGAACUGUCAGAAUAACACAGAAUGAAUGAGGGUGUAUGUGCAAGCAACAGAGGAAAUGGUAUUGCCCUCUCUCCUUCCCUCACAGGAUCCUAGCAACCAGGGACACUUCCUGGAGUUAGAUUACAGAGCAGGUUUUUCUUCUCUGCAGUGGGAGGGAAUGGCAUCUGUUCAUGUACAUGGAAGAUAGUAAAGGGGUACGAAUGCCUACCACUGGGAUGGGACCUAAAUGAGAACUCUGCCUCUAAUGGAUCCAGGCUAGGGGCAGUUCUAGCCUCUUUUCAACUGCCUAGGUUGCUCCCAUUUCCCCCCCAUAAAACUUGAUGGGAGCCAUUAAGAAGGCUUCAGACUUGGAGGAAGGCUUCAGACUUGGCUGAGUGGAUAAGGGUAGGAUUCAACCCCUGUGUCCUUACCUGCCCCCAAAGUCACUAGUGAAAAUAUUGGGCUGGAUCUUACAAUCCUUGCAGUGCUGUACUUGUGAAAUGAAAUUCCCCCUGAAGUCUCUUCUCCAAUGCCACCACCAACUAGGAGGAGCAGAAAAACCAAUAGGACAGAGGUAGGCUGAGGUUUUAGAGAUUCAGAUAGGUACCUGUCUGUGCCUGCUACUUUUUAAAAAUUUAUGGUGUACCUGAACAUACUGUAAUUAGCUGGUGAGGCUGUAUGUAAGCCUAAGUUCUGUUCCCAAUCAUUGCUGCAUUUGUAAAUGUAUUUAUAAGCUUUCUUGUAGUUGGUCUGGACAAAUAUUAGAAAACUUGUAGUUAUUGUCUGAAUUAGGGGGGUUGUUUUUCAUUUUGUACUUAAUGAUGAUGAUGAUGAUAAUAACAACAACAACAUCAAUUUAUAUACUGCCCUUCAGGAUGACUUAACAUCUGCUCAGAGCAGUUUACAAAGUAUGCUAUUGUUAUCUCCACAACAAAACACCCCGUGAGUUGGGUGGGGCUGAGAGAGCUAGAAGCUGUGACUGACCCAAGGUCUCCCAGCUGGCUUCAAGGGAGGAGUGAGGAAUCAAACCUGGUUCUCCAGAUUAGAGUCCCGCGCUCUUAACCACUACACCAAACUGGCUCUUCAGUAUUGUAUAUGUCCACUUCUAAGUCAACCAACCUGAAGAGUAAAACUUGUGUAUGUUGGAGCAACACCCAAUAAGCAGAGCCAGGAUGCUGAAGGAAAAGAAGCAACAAAACCAACAUUACAAACUACAAGUGGGAUCCGAUGCUAGCAAAGCAGCUGUGUUGUAUAUUGUAGCUGCAUGAAUAUCGGCAUGCAAAGCUGUCUUAUACUAGUUAGUCUAUUUGUCUAUUCAGCGCAAGGGUGUCUGCUCUCACUGGCAGUGGCCUCCUCCAUAUCUGUCAUUCAGACAGUGGCAGCAACACUCCAUUACAAGCCUUGCUGAAGGCAAAUGAAGCUGCUUCAGAGUGAUGACAAGAUCAAAGGCAUUUCCACACGGCUUACCUU